AUGUCAGAAUACUACGAACCUACUUUAUUGUUCAGACAAAACGCCAUUAAGAGAUUCAGUCCAAGUUUGUCUCCAAUUUCAAGUGUUGAGAGUUUAGCAUUAACAGAUUCCAAUUCUUCCAUUUAUCAAAACUCCAAUUCAUCAUGGUUGUUAAACAACUAUAAUCCAAAAGACACAGCUAUUUUGAAUCAAUCAUGUUCUUUAAAUCGUACUAAUAUUAAAUCUAACUAUUGGAAAAUACCUGAUCAAAGUAUGAAUUUGACUUCAAUGUGUAUUAAUUCUAAUCAUGGAUCCAAUCCUAUUAUGGCCAUUUCAUCAGCUAAAACAGAUUCAAACUUGUACAUAUAUGAAUUGAACCUAUUUAACAACCACUUGAUUCACCACCAUACUAUCACAUUGCCAAAUAUCCAUGCUAUGAAAUGGAUCAAUAACACACGAUACUUGGUGACUGGUAACAACAAAGGUUAUGCACAUUUAGUUUCCACUCCAAAAUUAGCAACACGUGAUGUUUUCAAUGGUGAAGAUGGUCAAAGUUAUGAUGACGACGAUGAAUCUGGUAAUUCUGCUGAAAUAUGCAAGAGAUUUAAUCACAGAAAGCAUUUGAAAGAAAAAGGGUCUUAUGAUGACGUAUCUGCUGCAUCACCAAUUCGACACUUGAAUUUUUUAAAUAAUUAUGAAAAUUUAAUGUCUAUUUACAAUGAUUUUUUAUUUUACUGGGAUAUUAAUAAUUGUGAACAACAAAUUAGACCUUCUCCUAUUACAAUUACUUCUGUUGCUGGUAUUAAGAAUUUUGAUGUUUUACAAGAUACAAAUUCUUCUUCUGUUGUUAUCUGUGGUAGAUUUGGUGUUUCAUUAUUUGAUUUAAGAGAUAGCAAAUUUAAUAUCCCAGAUCAUUCUGAAAAGAAUCAAUCCUACAAGAAAUUGUCUGCUCAUGUUGUUAAAUGGAACCCAUUAAACACAAAUAUCUUAGCUGCUGGUCAUGGGGAUGGAGUCGUACGAUUAUGGGAUGUUAGAAAGCAAGAGUCAUUUGUUGCUGAACUUGACGGUCAUAACACCAACACUGUCACUAGCAUUGAAUGGAGUGAAAAUGACUUGUACACUGGUGGUAAAGAUGGUAAUAUUAUCCAUUGGGAUUUGUCUUCAGAUUUGGCGUUGAAUGAUUUAUCUAAUACCAAUAGUAUUUCAUGUGGUUUGAAGGAUGGUUUUGAUAGUGUUCAAUUUAAUGGUAAAGCUAAUGCUCUAGAGGCUAAAUUAAACCAAAGACAAUGUGGUACUGUUUUACCAGCAUCUAAUUCAAACAUUGUUUCUAUGUGUUCCAUUAAGACUGAAGAUGAUGCUGAUACCAAGAUUAUGUCAAUUGAUGGCUCCUCCUUCUUGGGUGUACACAAUAAGAUAUCUGAAUCAUUUAACGUCAAUAUCAAUACCAACAAGCUUUAUUACACUGAAGAAGACAUACAAUUGUUGAUACAAAGUGAAAUUAGUAAUAGUUGUGGUAUUUCUAAUGAUACAUUGGUUGGUGAUUUACAAAACUACUCUACUGACAGUUUAGUUAAGCCAUUGACUAUUUCAAGAAAGCCAACUGCAAUUACAACACCAAUUCCUAUCAAAUCAAGUCACAGUCCAUCAAACUCUAUUGGAGACAACAGUGUUAUUUCCAUUCAUAAUCAUUCCAAUGAUACUUUGGUCAAUAGCCCAACUAAAUCGGUUUCUUCCACUUUUGAAAGUGAUGAUGAAUUCACAUUUAAUACUACAAAACCAAGAAAUGAAAGAUAUUCUUCUUUGUCAAGUAUGUCCUCCAAUAGAAGUCAAGUGAACAACUCCACUGAGACUUUAUCAACAAAUGCUACGGAAGUUGGUAAUGAAAGUCCUAUUCAUCACUUUAAAAAGCUAGUGCCUAGUUUCAAUCACGAUUUAAAUCUCAACACCAAUAAUCAUAAUAAUAACUUGUUAUUACUAUAG